AUCGGACUUGACUGCGAUCCCACCCAGCUCGAUCCAGAAGUCGAUGGCCGGGUGCAGCAGCGACGCCGAUCUCUCGAAGACUCCUGCCGGCCGUCCGCCUCGGUUCCCUCCUUCUCCCACUCCCUACGGCACUUUUCUACCCCAGCAGCAAGUGCCGCUCCCGACGGCUCCUCUUCUUCCCAACCCUACAAAGCCGCCGCUGCAGUACCAACCGCCUCCGCAACCAGCCGACGGCUACCUCGCCAUUCCAGUUGGGUACCAAUCUCAGCCGUACUCCGCCGUUGUGGAUGGGAUCCCCAUGAACGCGAGGGUGCCUCCUCUCCCUUUCUGUGGCAUUGGUGUUGGUUGGGCCUUGUUUGUGGCAGGAUUUAUCUUCGCUUCAAUUCCAUGGUAUGUUGGAGCUUUCAUUCUGCUAUUUGUUGCUCAAGACUAUAGGGAGAAACCUGGACUCAUUGCAUGCUCAAUUGCUGCUGUUCUGGCAAUUCUAUCUCUGAUACUUAGUGCCUUCAACUUUCAUGUAUUCUGGUUUUCAGAUUAUUAGCUGUUGGAAGAAUUUAUUUUAUUCUAUAUCACGCUAGCAGCCUAGCACUUGUGAGGGGUUGUGGCCGUCUUGGUAAAUACUGCAGGGUUCUUUUUAUAAAAAGACUAGCAUUAAUUACCAACCUUUUAUUUU